CAGGCGGCGGCAGCUCCGGGCUGCCCGAGCGGCUUGACGGACCCUCUCGCUCGCUCGUUCGCUUUCCCACCCUCCAGUCCUCACCUCUCCGGAGCCGCACUUAGAAUAGAGCCGAGCGCGACGGAGGCGGCUGGCUUUGCUCCGCCGCCAAGACGCCGAAGCCAAUGGGCUCGACCGAGGAACUGCUGUUGUCAGCGCCCGAGUGUGUGUUGGAGAAGGAGUGGGAGCGGGAGCCGGCGCCAUCGCUGCUGGCUGUAGGGGGGAGAGUGGCAGCUCGGCAGAGGCGAAGGCAGCAGCUGCUGCAGCCUCCUCAAGAGGAGGAGCAGCAGCAGCAGCAGGUCCAACAAGAAGGAAGAAACGACAGUGAUGAACCCAUUAUAGAUGACUAUAAAAAGAUGGGAACUCUCUUUGGUGAGCUCAACAAAAGCCUCAUCAGUAUAGGCUUCACACGGAUGUACUUUGGAGAAAGGAUUGUGGAACCCGUCAUAAUCAUAUUCUUCUGGGUUAUGCUCUGGUUCCUCGGUUUACAAGCCCUUGGACUAGUUGCUGUCCUGUGCCUUGUCAUUAUUUAUGUGCAACAAUAAAGUACAGUGCAUGGCAGCUGAACAAUGAUGUCAUAUCUUGGUGGAUUUAUGUACUUAGCCAAACAGGGUUGAAGUAUAAAAGAGUUAUGCCAAACUCUGUAGCCUAUACUAUUUCUUUUCAGGUUGCCAUUAUAUUUGCAAUUUAAACGGAAUAUAAACCUUCCUGAUUCGGUAUGAACAACAGGUAUAGGGAGAUCUUAGUACAGGACUGUGGAAUCUAAUGUUUUUGAAUGAUCAAAGGCUACUGAAAUAAGUUAGAGCCUGUGAGCUUCAAUUCUUCUGGUAUGAAACAUCUUUGUAUAAAUUUUCAGCAUCAGUUUUAUAUUUGUGCUAUGGCUGCUUUCAACUGACACCUAUGUUUUGUAUUGGGAACUAAAUUUUAAAAGGCUAAUUUGUAUAAGUUUUUAAUGAUUUUUUUAAAAAAAUGUAAAUCUGCUUGCAGACUUUUUUCAGCUUAAAUUGUUACAUAGUCAAUAUUGUGUACUACAUGAGUGUAUAUACAUACAUCAUCUACCAAAGCAAAUCUGCUUAUGUAUGACACAGUGAUGCCAUUAAUCAGUGAGUGCUAUGAGUUUUAUUCAGAUUAACUCUUCUGCUCGCACAAGGGGAGGCCUGCAGGUUUCUGUGGAUCCUUCCCCCUCAAGCCGCAGUUUCAUGUGCCAUGUCUCAAACUGUUCCCACAGCCCGUUGAAUCUCAGAAGUGGCUUCUCAGGGGAUCAGGUGGUUGCAACAAGGAGAAAGCCAGAAAGAUCCCUUCUGCAAGUGGACCCCUGCUAGUGGUUCCUAGGCUCCAAGACCAUACACUUACAUUUUGAACUUUGCAGAUAACUUGAAAGAAUAUUGGCAUCGUUCCUUCCCUGGUUAUGUUGUAAUUGUCUCCUCGUACUUUUAAAAGAGAUAUCAUUAAAGUGGUGGCCAAAUAUAAACACUCUCAUUGUAUAAUAGCUUUCUAAUAAUUGCAUUUUAAUUCUAAAAUGUGUACAAAAAUAAAGCCAACUCUAAGCCCUAGACCAGCUAUGCAAAACACAGACUCUGAUCUUCACUGUAUUUCUUCAGUGAUGUGAGCAAAAUUCGUUGAGGGGGGGGGGAAUUUGGGGCCUGGACAUCUCAAUUCUGAAUACAGUUUGUAACCACCCUAAAUGCUUCUGCUGCUACCAAUAUACUAAAUCUCUCUAGAGACAGCUGUGACCAUGUGCAAGAGUAUCCAAGGUAAUCAAAAACCAUGGGAAAUGUACUUGCAGUGAUUCCUAGCUAGUAUAAAACAGUGCAGUUCCAUUUAAUAGGCCAUGCUUCUUCUUAUGCAUCUUAUAAUUCAGAUCAUGUCAUCUAAUUCAUUCCCCUCAUACUAAGUUUCUUGCAAAUUGUUCCUUGGUAAAGCUUUGUGCACAUAGUGCAUUUAUAGUGACUCUGGUUAUACUGACUUGCAGAUUGUUAGGGUCAAGCUAGACGUGCAGAUUCCCUGCAGCCACACAGCAGCUUUGGGGAAUAGCUAUUAAAAAAUAGAGAGCUCAAGCAGCCUCAAAAUGCCUCCACGGAGGGAGGAGAGGCUCCUCCCUCCCCUCUCAGGCUAUUUUCCCCUGUCAUUCUGAGGCCAUUUGGGCUCUCCUUUAAUUUUUAACAGCCAUUCCCCAAAGCUGCUGUGUGGCUGCACAGAACCUGAGUUGGGUCUUGGGAACCCAGAUCCAACUCUUUAAAAACUUGCACAUCUAGCUUGACCCUUUGAAUUAAGAAGGUUGUGGGAAUAUUAGAGAAAAGAGUAGUCUAUCCAUCACAACCAUACAAAUACAGUGAAGAUACAAAGUAAUUACGAUGCAGUUUUUGUUCUAUGCAUGUUCUAUGGGUGCUAGACGUCACAUAGCUAAUUUUUCUCCUUGGAGCACUGCUUUAAUUACCACAGUAUUCAAAAAGCAGUGGUGGUUUCUUUUGAAAAAAACUUUUCAUUCUUUAACAUAAUUACAUUUUUAAAAAGCUGAAUACAGAUUACAAAAUAGAAUAGUCACAGAAUUUUAGCAGUGGUGGGUUUGGAGGGCACUUUGAUGUAACUUUAGUAUUGCAGUUUAUAUUCUGCUCUUUCUGGACUCUAGUAUAUCAGUGGCACAAAAGGGGAGAACCCAUGAGUAUUCUUGGAGGAGAGAAAAUCCCAUUUUCUACCUCUUCACUUCCACACUUGCAGCUUUUCUCCACUUUUAGUCCCCCAGCCAUAUUUUCUUUCAGCCCCACCCACCUUGUCACCAUUCUGGCUCUCUCUCUGCUCCCACUUCAGCUUCCUUCUUGCCACAGUGGCUCACAUCCCCUUGCCCACUUUGACUUCCUGAUACCUUCUCCUACCUGCUUGUUCCCUUGUCCCUCUUUAGGGUGGCAAAGGGGAAAAGAAGCUGGCAGGCAGGAAAGUACUGGCUCGGGUCUCUCUUCUUACCAGCUGGUGGUAGCUACUGCUAAUGCAUGCGGUUUUGCCCAAAUGCCACCUGAGCACCAGGGUUUGUAGAUUAAUGUUUAUUAACCUGGGAGAGUUGUGCCCGCAAAAUUAUUUUAACUUUAAAAGUUUUCUACAGACAUCAAAGGCCUCUGAGUCUGCUGAAUCACUAUAUUAUAGCCAUGGCUGUGACUGUUGUAUGAAUUUACCCAUCCUCAUAGUGGCCAUUUCUUGGUGUUAAGUUUUACAGAUUAGCUAGUUUAGUAUUGAAAAUCAGUGAAUACUAUUUCUCCUGCACAAUGUGCUGCAUGCAAAGGUUUUUUUAAAAAAACAGAGAAGUAUUUGAUCUUGCUGAUUUUGUCUGUGUCUUAAAUUUAUGACUAGAAAGGUACUAUCAUUGUACUGAAUGUGCCUCUAUCUAACAGUUGUGCACGACAAAGACUAAUCGUUUUGCACUCUAAGCCGAUGAGUUCCUGGGAUUACUGUGGCUUGGAUGUGCACUUGAAGCUCCUUCACCUGCAAUAUUGUUCUCAUUCGUUUCAAUGAAGGCAGGCAAAUCUUUAUACAAAAAAAAGAUGCCUUCUCAGGGGUACAUCUUCCAUUGAAAUGAAUGAAUUAGCACCAUGUGCACAGGGGUUCCGUAUGAACACUGGGUCUUUGAAUCAAGAUGUCACAUUCUUUGAGUCAGAUAAUGUAUUAUCUGAAUAUUUCUACAGUCUCAAGUUAGGAUCUGAAAAAAACAAUUUUACUGAAAUUGCUGCUUUGAAGGAGACACAGUGUCUCAAAUUUAAAGACAAAAAAUAAAUAAUUAAAUCUAUAUUUUGUCCCAGUUCUAAUGUUCUAAGUUACAGACAAAGUUCAUUGCAACUCCAGAACAAAGUCCAUUAAAAUGCAUCGGAUAUAUGCAGAAAGGGGGACUGCAUAUAUGUGUUCAAUUUGAAAAGAAUAACUCCUGUUGGCAACAAGAGGACUUCUCGCCCCCAAACUCUCAUGUGUAUAUAUGUAUGUUUUAUUUAUGGGAAGAUAUUUAUACUUUAGAUCAAUCAAAAUGCCUCCUUUGGUACUAAACUAUCAUUUUUGAAGCAAAUCUUAAAGAUCUACAUUUAUGGAUGGUUUCAUUUUAAAUGAUUACUCAGUACUAUGUCCUUCAAACAGAGUUACAAGAGGGAGACCUGUGGUGAUUCAUGGGAAAAAGAAAUCCCAUUUCUCCUCCUCCUAACCUCUACUUCUUCCCAGCUUUGAGAUCUAUUUCUCCCAUUCAAAUGUGCCGAGUUGGCCAAUCUCCAUUUUUUCCUCCCUCUCUUGCCACUCAUCUAAUCAUCCUUCCCCCUCCAACCCACCUAAUUGUGCAUUUCUCCCCCCCCCCCCCACUUUCCCAUUAUCUUAGUGUUUCCUCUCCCUGGACAAUCUCUUACUCUUUGUCUUUUUGAUGUCUUCACCCAACAUCUUGUAUUCCUAGAUAACCCAUUAUGCCAGCUGAUAUGUUUUUCACAAUGCAUGCAUAAUGGCAGCUAUCACUUCAGGAUGGUAGUUCUUUCCAGAUUUAUCUUCAGAGCUGUGGGUUACUUCCCAUUUGCAGAAAUCUCUCCACACAGGAGAACCACCUAUCAUUAUUAGAUAUAUGAUUUGAAUUACUGUUUACAGGAAACAAAUCAGAAUUCAACAGGUCGUGUUCUGUUCCCAGACCCUCCUUCCUGCAAAAGCACUGAACAGCAAGGAGCAUUUGUUUAUCCACAGUUGCAUAUGGUGUAGCAUAAGUGAGUGAAGUCAGGUGUAGAAAUAGUGAUGAUGCACAAACCAAUACAUGUAAAUAAGUGCUUUCUGCUUAUGCACAGAGCUCUUUGGCUUAGACUGUAUUAAUAGGUUGGUGGGACCUCAUUUGCACUGAAAUGCUGUUAUAUACAAACAGACCACAAGAUGAAAUUGUUUUCUUUGUGUUUGUAUAAACUGUACUUCGAAAACCCUUCAUUGUUUUCUAAUAAAAUAUUUGCGCAUUUAAA